CAUGUUCGAUGGGGAUAUGAUGGGUGAGGACAUGCUCGAGAGGGACAUGUUUGAGGGAUACAUGCCUGAGGGGUACAUGCUUGAGGGUGAAAUGCUUAUCGGGGACGGGUACAUGCCUGAGGGGGACAUGUUUGAGGGGGACAUGUUUGAGGGGUACAUGUUUGAAAGGGACAUGCUCGAGAGAGACAUGCUUGAGGGGUACAUGCUUGCGGGGGACAUGCUUGCGGGGGACGGGUACAUGUCUGAGGGGUACAUGCUUGCGGGAGACAUGCCUGAGGGGGACAUGCUUGAGGGGUACAUGCUUGCGGGGGACAUGCUUGAGAGAGACAUGUUUGAGGGGUACAUGUUCGAGGGGUACAUGUUUGAAGGGUACAUGUGUGGAGAUGACAUGUCCAAGUAGGAUAUGUCCGGGACCAUGUAGGAUGGGUUCGAUGGGGACAUGAUGGGUGAGGACAUGCUUGAAGGCGACAUGCCUGAGAGGGACAUGUCCAAGUAGGAUAUGUUGUCGGUAGAGAUGUUUGAAAACGACAUGAUGGGUGACGGGAGGCGUAGGUAGGAUAUGUUGUCGGGAGAAAUGUUUGAGGACGACAUGUUCUUGUUGUAGUAGAGGAUGGUUGAGUGUGAGUGUGAGGUUGUUUGGUUGUGAAUGUAAAAUGAAAAUGUGGGUAUAAGCGGAAGUGUAAGCGUAUUUGACAGGGUAAUU